AUGAGCUCUGUUGUUGGAAUAACGCGUUCAAUCUCCGCGUGCAAAAGAUGCAGAAAAAAGAAGAUAAAAUGCUCUCAAGACUUCCCAAGGUGUCAAAACUGUGAGAAAGCCAAUGUUGAAUGUGUAUCACUAGAUUCUGCCACUGGCCGUGAGAUACCAAGAAGUUAUGUCGUACAUCUGGAGGAGAGAAUUAAGGAGCUGGAAAAAAUGCUGACAAACAACAACAGUGGAGAAAGCGUGGAAACGUUGAAGUUUUCUCAGUUGAAUUCACAGAUUCCCAAAGGUAACAGAAAUGGAAAUAACCAUCCAAGCCCAUUAGGCGCUUCCGAUUACUACCCAUAUAAUACCAGAUCCGAGAGAUCAACAUCUUCUAAUUAUCAAGGUGAUGUGUUGAGCUUUUCAAAAUUGAUGUUUGCUGCAGUUCAUUUCAAUGAUGACCAAAAAGAACUUAGGAGACUUUCCUCCUCAGGUGUAUCAGUGAAACCUCAUAUAGAUCCGACGUCGAAUUUCACACUGUCUUUUUCCAAUAAGGUUGCGAUAUUGCCUCCAAAGCAACAAUCUCUUGAUUUCAUCUCAUUAUAUUUUGCCCAAUCGAACUCGCAGCUACCGAUCUUCCACCGUGAUGAGUUUAUUAGAAACUACUUUAUCCCAAUAUACGGAAGUGUACCUGAAGGUACCAAUUUGGCGUCUUCGAGUAUAAGCAUUGAUUGGAGUAAGUUUCCUCAAGUGGACGAACAGGAUACAUGGUAUUAUCAGUAUACAAAACUGUUGGAUGAAAAAACCAAGGAAAACCCAGAAAUGGAUCCAUUUCGAUUCUCUGCAUCAAUAGAAGUUCCAAAAAAGUUUAGUAAACCAUUGUAUUUUAUAAAUAUGGUGUUUGCAUUAGCAACAAGUGUAUGGCAUUUACAAUUUCCAGAUCAAAUAUCUGAGAACUAUAAAAAUGCUGCGUUACUUUACAUUGAAGAUGCUUACUCGGGAUCAAACAGGCUAGACGCUUUACAAGCAAUGCUUUGUCUAACUCUAUAUUCUUUAAUGAGACCAUGUGUACCUGGUGUUUGGUAUUUAUUAGGUUCAUCUUUAAGGUUAUGCGUUGAUCUAGGGUUGCAUGUCGAUUCAACAUCUAAGGAUGCAUUUACCAUUGACAUGAGGCGAAGAUUAUUUUGGUGUUGUUAUUCAUUGGAUCGUCAAAUAUGCGUUUACUUGGGACGACCUUUUGGAAUUCCUGAAGAGUCUAUAAGAGUAACGUAUCCUUCGCUGUUGGAUGAUCACUAUAUUUUGCCAGGAUCUACUUAUGAAGAAUUAUAUGCGAAUGUUAAUUUACGUUAUCCUUCGUAUAAACACGUUUCGCUUGCAAUGUUUGAAAUCAGAACCAUCCAAGCAGAGAUUCAGUGCAUUUUGUAUGACAAUAGGGAUGUACCAAGAAUAUAUCCGAAUUUGCAAGCAUGGCAUAGCGAUAUAAACAAAAAGCUGGAAAAAUGGAGAUCAACAACUCCAAAGAAUGAUGGACUAAUGAAUUGUGACUUUAACACCGACUUUUUUGAACUAAAUUAUCACCAUUCCAAAUUAAUGUUGUUUGGAUUGUCUCCAAAUAGGUGCAUCCUAACGGACAGUGACCAAAUUGAAGUAGCAGAAGCUUCCAAAGGCACUAUCUUGACUUAUUACAAUCUAUUUGUUAAGGGUGCUCUUAAUUACACUUGGGCAGUCACCCAGAAUGUUUUUAUGGCACAAAUGUCGUUUUUCUACGCAAUUUUUAAUUGUGACUUUGUGAGAAAUUCAACUCGUCUGGGAGAAAUUGAGAAAUACACGUUUUACUCAAAUACAAUCAUGAAAGGUUUAACGGAGAAGUGUAAUGCAGCAGCUGAAUGCUCAGAGGUUUUAACAAUUAUAAGCAAAGCUGUGAUUCGUUUGAAAUAUCCUUCUGAAUCGUCGGAAGAAAUUUUAAGAGCUCCUGAAAUGCAGAAAAUUCCAACUGAAGAGCAAAUCCAGACUUUACAACCUGGAGGACACAUAACCGAUAAUAUGAGGAGGUUGAUUGUGAGUAUACCUGAGUUGAUAAAUCAGGAGGAUACGAAUUCAGGUGAUCAAAAACGAAGAAAAAAAUGCCAAACACCGAGAUCAGACCCAAAUUUGGAUGGAUCUAGAUCAGACGAAUUUGAUCUAGACAAUUUUUUUGAUAUAGUCAAGAAAAUACAAUCACCAGAUAGUGCGAUGUUGCUGGACCAGAUGAGUAACUGUUAUGAGCCGGUUUCUGAUAUACAAAGAAUUCAUUCAACCGAAGGAAACAGACCAUUUACCACCAACCAUCUUGGGACAACCCACCCACUUUUAUAUCAGAGCACAGUUGAUGUUAGCAGAUCAUCUUGCUAUCCAACACCGAUGCCUAUCACUAGCUACCCUGACUCUGCCUCCAUCAAUCCAAAUAUAAUGAAUAAUAUAUAUGCGAACUCAAAACGUGAGGUAAAGGAAGGCCAAAAGGUAUAUCGGAUGAUGCUUGAAACUGGUGCAGACAGUAUCUGGGAUCAGUUUUUUGCUCAAACCUUCAAAAUUGAAGAUGAAGAAUAA